AAUUUUUGAGAAAGAAAUCAGAAAAGAAAAAGGAAAGAGCUGAUAAUGGUGGCUUACCGAUCAAAGCCACUGGAAACAGCCCAAAAACGUGGGUGAUAUGAGAGAGAGUACAGAAUACAGAUGCUAUAAAGAAGGGAAACUUCCUUUAUAGAAUAAAGAAAACCAAUCAAAUAAGAAGAAAAAUAGAAACAAAAGCCAACGGUUUUGAUAAAAACCGAGAGUCCGAAACCAAAAUUUAUAUAAAUAAAUCAAACAAAACCCAAGUCUUUCUUUUGCUUUUGCUCUCUUUCCUUUCUUCUCCGUCGUCUGAUCUUCUUUCAUUCAUUCCACCUAGUAAAAACAAAUACUUACUAACCAGCUCGACCAAUCCCCUCCUCUCGCGCCAAAUACAAACAAAAAAUUACAAUUUUCUUCUCUUUCUUUUUUCUACUCAGUGAUCUAGGUUUUUUUGGGGAUAUGGCGGAUGGUAUGCAAGCGGGGCCAACGAGUCCGGCAGGAGGAAGUCAUGAGAGUGGAGGAGAGCAAAGCAGUCCUCACUCAAAUGUGAGGGAACAAGACCGUUACCUUCCAAUUGCUAAUAUAAGCAGAAUCAUGAAGAAAGCAUUGCCUGCUAAUGGGAAAAUUGCCAAGGAUGCUAAAGAUACUGUUCAGGAAUGUGUUUCUGAGUUCAUCAGCUUCAUCACUAGCGAGGCUAGCGAUAAAUGUCAGAAAGAGAAGAGGAAGACAAUUAAUGGGGAUGACUUGUUAUGGGCAAUGGCAACAUUGGGGUUUGAAGACUAUAUUGAGCCGCUUAAAGUAUACCUGGGGAGGUACAGGGAGUUGGAGGGUGACACCAAGGGAUCUGCUAGGGGUGGUGAUGGAUCUCUUAAAAGGGAUGCAGCUGGAGCUCUGGCUGCCCAAAAUGCACAGUUUGCAAUCCAGGGCUCAUUGAACUAUAUUACUUCCCAAGCACAAGGACAGCAUAUGAUCGUUCCCUCCAUGCAAGGCAAUGAGUAGCUGAUCCUAUCUUUCUUUAUACAAUUUUAAGAGUUCUAGGACUGGUUAUAUUGUGUAGUUCCAACACCUAUAGGAUCUUUAAUGUGGAUUCAUCUUAUUUAUGCAAAGCUACCUACCUUGGGGGUUUUCGGUUCGCCUUUUCUUAGGUGAUUUGGAGCUCUGUAAAAGGUUUUUAAGUGCUGUAAA